UGGCAGUCAGAAAGUGAAAUCAUGACGUAAAUUGCAACAGGUGGAGUAGAUUUGUGUUAGGGAACCCACUCGACCUGGAGGAUGAGUUGAAACGCCUAAUGUUUACAUCAAAAAAGAUCCAAUCCACAUGAGUCAGCCUGGAGCCAGCAGUCUGCCAGAAGUUAAGGACCAACUCUUUGCCCUCCCUCCCCCUCUGCGUCCUCCUGUCCGACCGUGCGGGCCGAUCUUCCCCCCAGCCUGAUCAGCAUGACAAAGCACUGGCUGGAGCAGAGCCUCUUGGCACCACCCGCUCUCUCCCACCUUGGAGCACACCACGACCAUCAACUUGACUCCAACAGAAAUGCGCAGCAGAAUUACCUUCCCAGCGGUAUAGUACGGACCUCUCCAGCCCAACACUGGCCUCACCAUCCGACCCAGGUGUUUCCCCAACAGCCGCCCCGGUUGGAGAAGCCUGUUGCCUACCCCGACCACCCCACCAGAUCCACGGCGCAUAUGGAUAAAGCCGUGCCACCUGAGCAUCGCGGACCACCGGCCACAGCAUACCCAGCGCCCAGAAAAGAUGACUUGCUCAAAGAGGAGACCCUCAGCCGUGAGUCGUGGGACAGUGACAAGGAGAAAUGUGCCAGCGGUGGGAGGAAAAAGAACUAUCAGCGGUACCCGAAACCACCGUACUCAUAUCUCGCCAUGAUAGCAAUGGUUAUCCAAAACUCCCCAGAGAAGAAACUGACCUUAUCAGAGAUCCUGAAGGAGAUCAGUACUCUCUUCCCAUUCUUCAAAGGAAACUACAAGGGCUGGCGGGAUUCUGUGAGACACAACCUCUCCUCUUAUGACUGCUUCGUUAAGGUGCUGAAGGAUCCAGGAAAGCCACAGGGAAAGGGUAACUUCUGGGCUGUGGAGUUGAGCCGUGUGCCCCUGGAGCUCCUCAAGAGGCAGAACACGGCUGUGUCUCGCCAGGAUGAGACAAUCUUCGCCCAGGAUUUGGCCCCCUACAUCCUUCAUGGACAAACCCACAAGCCAGAUGUGGAGCCCCCCUCUGCCCCUGUCACUUCUCUCUCUCCCAUACCCACCAGACCCCACUCCCCGCCGCAGGAGGACUUGUUCCGACCCAAACUGGACUCGUCCUUUGCAAUAAACUCCUUGCUGCACAGUCUGCGACCAUCUAGUGCUGCUGGGGAGGUAGAAAUGGCUACCAGGGACUGCUGGGGGGAGGUGGAGCAGCCGAGACCCUCUCCAACUCCGCGACCCCGCUACACCUCCUCUGCCCGUAGUGCCUCUGCCAGCUCUGCCAGCCCGGCCUCCUCUUCCUCUGAUGAAGAAUGGAGGGGGGUGUCACAGGCUGGGAAGCGCAUUCCUCCGGACAGGGAAGUGGGGUCAGAUGGUUACGAGGACUGCAGGCCCCCGCACCACAAAUCAGCACGGAGGGAGACUGCACCCCCAUGGGAGCUGCCCACCUCCUAUGCCAAAUACACCCCACCCAAUGCUGUUGCCCCACCCAGUAUGCGGUUUAAUGGGGGUCCCCUCAUGUCACUGCAUGGUGGACUCCCCCUUUACGGCUAUGGAAGCCCCCCUGUGGCACCUGGCCACUUUUUAGGCCACGCCUAUUGGCCCAUCCUCCCUACUGGGCGAGUUUCUCUCCAAGCCCCUCCUCUAAUUAUGGACCUGGACAACAUGUUGCAAUCUGUGCCUCCCAAUAAAAGUGUAUUUGAUGUCCUGGUGCCAGGCAAUCAGAACUCCCAUCCACACCAUCAACCAGCCAGUCGGUACACCCUGCAGAGUGGGCCUCCCCUAAACAGAUACCACCAAUACUGACAGACUCUUAAAUAUUAACUCUCAAUCUCAAACUGAGCCAUAUCCACAUUCUGAUAUGCAGUGAUCCAAAACUAUCUGUUUGGUAAAGUUCGUACCUCCAACUCGAGAUACUGUCAGUCUAAUAUACAAAGGGAUACUAAACUACAACAGUUUUUCAGGUCAUGAUUCGGAGAGACAGUGACAUGGCUGUGGUUAUUUCUCAUCAAUCUGUGAUGUACCAUGUGGUUUUAAGACACUGGAGACAACUGACUUAAAACAGUAUUGCCUCAGUCUUUGGAGAAAACAGAGCAUGUAUUGAUACAGGGUCUUUGCACUGCCAGUGUUAUUUGCACUAUUUUGAUGUCAAGAUUUCUUUUACUCCAGAAAUCACUUUUGAUUGUCUACCUAAUUUGACUGCUGAAUGUUUUGCUGGAGUUUUCCUCUAGUUUUUUUGCUUGUCCUGUGAAAACCUUCUAUGCUAACAAGACAAAUUGAAUACAUACAGUAAAGCCAAGAUACAGAGUAUAGGUGCCAAUCAGGGUAUCAAAUAAAACACUAUUUUUUUAAUAUAAACUUAUCCUGUCCAGCAUUGUAUGUAGCAAUACAGAAAUUGAGGUACAGAAGCAGCAUAAUAGUUUCAGUGAAACAACUAUUUUCCUUUCACAGGGUGUAUGUGCACACAAGUCUGUGUUGUCACUUUUAGUAUGUUUGUUCAGAUGGUUAAAUCAAAGACAAGCUCUUUAGCCCUAUCUUUUUUUCUGUCUUGUCAAGUUGACUAACAAAAUAGCGUGAAAGCUGGAUUAUCACCAGCUGGCAAAAUGGGCAAGACAGACAACUUCAUUUUGCAGGAUAUUUGCUGUUGUCUAGUUUGUUGUUGCUAGUCGGUGUCUAACAAAAAAUGGAAUGAGGGACCGGUCAAGUAGAACACGAGAGAUUAGGAAUCCAUUGAGUAUAAUAGUUUUAUCACAAAUAAUACAUAAAAACAUGUCUCCUGUAGGUACGUCCAAAUAAGUCUCAAUGACUAGCCUUAACUCUCGAGGUAGGUGUACCUGAUAUGUAAAGUGACACUUGAGAGUAAUUCUAAGAAAGACUGUGUAAGAUUUUAAGGCAUUCUGUUUGGUAAUUUCAAGUCACUCCAUGGCAGUAUGGCAUGUUUUCAAGAAGUUGGAGACAAUCUACCUCAAAUCACUGUACAACCACUGAUAUCUACCUCAGACUUUCAAUGGAAUGGAACAUGCUUCCAAGGGACUUUGCACUGCCAGUUAUUUGCACUAUUUUAAUUUCAUUAUGAAUAGUUUCCAACAGAAAAUACUUUUAAAUGUAUCCCUACCUUGACAGCUGAAUGUUUGUUUUUUAAUUUUUUUUUUAUCUGUUUUACUGUUGUCUUCUUGAAAGUUUAUACAGUAUUGAGCUGAAGUCAAAACUGCACAGAUGUUACACUGAAAGGUUUUGGUGCUGAACAGGGUACAUAAUAAUAAAAUGCUGCUGUUUUAAGCUAU